AUGGCCCAGGAGGGCAGCUUCAUGGCCAUGGCCGCGCCCUCGCAGCCGUCGGGCUCGCAGCCGUCGGGCUCGCAGUCGUCCACGCACCCCAGCUUCCGCAGGCAGCGCGCUUCCCGGGCUUGCGAGGUCCGCUGCGAUGCCGCCAGCUUGGGCGUGCCCUGCACCAACUGCACCGCCUUCGCCAUCGAGUGCCGCAUCCCCACGCCCAAGCGGAAGAAGACGGCGGCCAAGAAGGAGACGGACAGUGACCAAGGCUCUACCACGCCGCAGAAUGGCGCUCCCAGGCGCGAGUCCACCGCCGCCGCCGAGUCGCCUGCCCCCACCGUCGCCACCACCGUCUCGAACCCGACCGGGCUGAACCUGAGUCGAGACGAAAAAACCACGGUAGUUAACUCUCCUGACGGCAUUCCCUCCACGAGCCUGCCGCCCACCUACGCAGCCCAGCAAGCCACUCACAACCGUUCGUAUGUGCAGUUCAUGAAGCCCAAGUUUGCCCGCGCACCCAUCAAGGAGGCCGGCCGCGUCGCCUACCUGGGCGAAUCGUCCAAUCUGUCCCUACUCGUCCACGAUCGAUACGGAACCACUGAUGUCGUACACUAUCCGCUCCCGGAAAACGUGCGGGGGGCAAAGGCCCGCGUCAACGAGCUCGACGACAUGGAGAUCAACAUUCUACACACCCGUGGCGCCUUUCUGCUGCCGCCCCGCGCUCUUUGCGACGAGCUGGUCGACGCCUUUUUCAGAUGGGUUGCCCCCGUGGUGCCCGUCAUCAACCGUAGCCGUUUCAUGAGACAGUACCGGGAUCCCAAGAACCCGCCCUCGCUGCUGCUUCUCCAGGCCAUACUGCUCGCCGGAUCACGUGUGUGCACCAAUCCCCAGCUCAUGGACUCCAGCGGUUCCACAACCCCGGCCGCCAUGACCUUCUACAAACGCGCCAAGGCCCUUUUUGAUGCAAAUUACGAGGAUGACCGAGUCACCAUGGUGCAGGCGCUUAUCUUGAUGGGCUGGUAUUGGGAGGGUCCAGAAGAUGUGACCAAGAAUGUGUUUUACUGGAGCCGGGUCGCCAUCGUGGUGGCUCAGGGCUCCGGCAUGCACCGAAGCGUCGAGGGAUCCCAGCUCAGCCGGUCGGACAAGCGGCUCUGGAAGCGUAUCUGGUGGACCCUGUUCUCGCGCGAUCGCUCCGUGGCGGUUGCGCUAGGACGGCCGGUGGCCAUCAACCCCGAGGAUUCCGAUGUCGAGAUGAUUUCCGAGGACGACUUCAUCGAAGACGAGCCCGACCGCCCGGCAGAGUACAACCCAGAUCCCGUUCACGUCCAAUUCUUCAUCAAUUACGUCAAGCUCUGCGAGAUCAUGGGGCUCGUUCUGUCGCAGCAGUACUCGGUGGCUUCGAAAUUCCGCCGCACCAAUGCCAUCGAUCUUACGCACAGCGAUAUGGCGCUUGCUGAUUGGCUGCAGCACUGCCCCAAAGAAGUGUAUUGGGAGAAGUCCCGCCACCAUUUUUGGUCGGCCUUGCUGCAUGCUAAUUACUACACCACUCUCUGCUUACUGCAUCGUGCCCACAUGCCUCCGGCGGGUUCGCCACGGACCGAUCCAAUGGAGCAGUCGGCUUACCCUUCGCGUACGAUUGCAUAUCAGGCAGCCGGCAUGAUCACCUCCAUCAUUGAAAGCCUACAGAGCCAUGAUGAGUUGCGUUACACGCCUGCUUUCAUUGUUUACAGUCUAUUCUCCGCCUUGAUCAUGCACGUGUACCAGAUGCGUUCUUCCAACAAAUCCAUCGUCGCCGCCACCGAGCAAAGGCUAUCCAUCUGCAUGACAGCCUUGAAGGACGUCUCAAGGGUCUGGCUUGUCGCAAAGAUGGUCCACACCCUCUUCGAGUCGAUUCUCGGCAACAAAGUCCUGGAGGAUAGGCUCCAAAGGGCGGCUGGGAAGAGACAUCAAAAGAACCGGCCAGCGAACAUGUCUCAGCCUCAGCCACAGGCGCAACACACGGCGGUACCCAAGCCGAAGGAUGAGUUGAAACGCAAAUUCGACGAGCUCGACAUGAGCUUUGCAAGCGGACCGCCAGCACCGCAGGUUUCCUACGAGCGCUCAAGGCCACAAACGCCAGCGGUCACGCCAUCCCGAGACAUACACCCACCUCAGAUUCCCACGAUGACUGCACAAUCGCCCGACAUGACGCGGCAAAACAAGGAUGCCUUCAUGGGGCCCUCGCGGUCAGGGACUCGUCCAGGCAGCCCGUUCAAUCCGUCAUUCUCGUAUCCUGGCACUCCUCCGGACCUGUUCCUUGUCACCAGAGACACGCCCGGGCUGUCGCAAGACAUCUGGCAGAACUUCCAGCCGGAUCAGCUUUUUCCUGCUGACACGAAUCUUUCAUUCCCCAACAUCUCACCAACACAGCAGCAUUCCAUGGUGGAUCCGCAGCUCUCGCGUCAGAUGUCAAUGCAUGCACCAAACCCAGGUGUGCAACAACAAUCGCCUCCGGUGGUAUCUGGGCAGCCUUCUUUGAACACCAACGGAGUGGGGGCGAUGCCAAUGGCUCAGAGUGGGCCGCAGGGCGAUCCCAGCAUAUGGGCACACAUGGAUAUGGUAAAUCAGCAGCAACAGUCGGGGAAUGAAGAGACGUGGAGCAACAGCAGCCGGGGGCAGCCAAUCGCACCAACAACGCUUAAUGUUGAGGAUUGGUAUGUUUUCCUUUCCUCACAGCAGUACCCUCAAGGCUUUCCACCGCCGGCCGCUGCGUCUGCUGCUCUGAACUCUAUGGGAUUUGGAUAA